AUGAGUGACAUUGAAUUGAAGGACAAGAAGAGAAAGCACGAUGAGAGUGGAGAUUCUUUGAAGAAGAAGUCAAAGAAAGACAAAAGGGACAAAAAGGAAAAGAAGGAGAAGAAGGAAAAGAAGGAAAAGAAGGAAAAGAAGGAAAAGAAGGAAAAGAAGGAAAAGAAGGAAAAACUCAAAGAAACUACAACUGCUGCUGAGUCAGUUCACACUGAUCAAGAGGAUAUUGAUAAAUUUCUCAAAGAUAAUGAAAUCACUAUUGAAAAUGGUGAGAAAACCGGUAUCCAGCCGUUAAUUACAUUCGACUCACUGAAAAACUACAAUAUCGAGCCAAAAAUUCUAAAGUCCUUGUCUAAGUUUGAAAAGCCAUCACCAAUUCAAGCCUCUGCAUGGCCAUUCCUUUUCAAAGGUCACGAUAUUGUGGGUGUUGCAGAGACAGGUUCAGGUAAAACUCUAGGUUUUGGUGUCCCUGCUAUCCAACACAUAUUGAAUACCAAAUCCAAAAAGCUCAAGGUCUUGGUUGUUUCUCCAACAAGAGAACUAGCGACUCAAAUUUAUGAUAAUUUGAAAGAGCUAACGGAUAGUGUUGGAUUACGUUGUGUCUGCGUCUAUGGUGGUGUUCCAAAAGAUCAGCAAAGAACUGAUAUUGCAAAAAGUCAAUGUGUCAUUGCAACUCCUGGUAGAUUAGUUGAUUUCAUUAACGAUGGAUCUAUUGAUUUGAGCUCCGUCGACUAUUUGGUUUUGGAUGAAGCUGACAGAAUGUUGGAAAAGGGUUUUGAAGAAGAUAUCAAAUUGAUUAUCAAGAGUGUUUCUAGUAAUAACAGACAAACAUUGAUGUUUACUGCCACCUGGCCAAAGGAAGUCAGAGAGUUGGCAUCAGGUUUCAUGAAGAACCCUAUCAAAGUUAACGUUGGUAACAGAGAUGAAUUGACAGCCAAUAAAAGAAUCAAGCAAAUCGUUGAAGUUAUUGAUCCUUAUGAUAAAGAAAAGAGACUAAUCCAACUAUUGCACCAAUAUCAAUCCAAAAACAAGGACGACAAGAUUUUAAUUUUUGCGCUCUAUAAGAAGGAGGCAAGUAGAAUCGAAAGAACUUUGAACUAUAAGGGAUUCCAGGUUGCUGCAUUGCAUGGUGACCUAUCGCAAGUCCAACGUCAACAGGCUCUAGAAUCGUUCAAGAGAGGUGAGUGCAACCUGCUUUUAGCGACUGAUGUGGCAGCCAGAGGUUUGGAUAUUCCAAAUGUGAAAGUUGUCAUUAAUUUAACUUUCCCGCUAACCAUUGAGGACUAUGUUCACAGAAUCGGAAGAACCGGAAGAGCAGGUAAAACUGGUAUCGCACACACUUUAUUCACAGACCACGAGAAACAUCUCGCUGGUGCUCUAGGUAACGUCCUCAGAGGUGCAGACCAGGAAGUUCCUGAUGAACUUAUGAAGUUUGGCUCCCACACCAAGAAGAAGACUCACAGUGCCUAUGGUGCCUUCUUCAAAAAUGUGGACACUACUAAAAAGGCUAAGAAAAUCACCUUCGAUUAA